AUGCCGACAAUUCUCGACGACAAGAGGGCGCAGGCCGCGCGCGAGCGAGAGGGCGGCAAGCAACAACGCCAGUCUGCAAGCGCAUCUGCUCCUGGCGUGGUCGUCAGUGAAGACUUCACCCCGCAGGACGGCCAGGGUCCCCUACCGGAGCACCCUGAGCUUGGUGCCUCCGAGCAGGUCCCGCCCGCGUACAGCGAGCAGCAUGACCAGCUUUCCCUUCACCAGGCUGGCUUUGAUGCCGGUGCGACAAUCACAGAUGAUGGCCGUGUUAAUAUCAACAUCAACCAGACAAAUGUGAACGUCGCAAAUUUCAUUGCACCAGCCUUGCGUAAUCAGCUUGUCGAGGACCGGACUACUCCCGGUGACCUAUUGCCCAUCCCGCCGGCCUACAUUCCGCCUAGCCUCGGUGGCCAUCCGGGUCAAACACCCCCGCCACGGCUCAAUGUCGUCAUCCAGAUCGUCGGUUCCAGAGGCGAUGUACAGCCAUUCGUCGCGCUCGGACAAGUGCUCAGAGACACAUAUGGACACCGCGUACGCAUUGCGACUCAUCCCACAUUUGAGAAAUUUGUCGAAGAUGCGGGCUUGGAGUUCUUCAGCAUUGGCGGAGACCCGGCGGAGCUCAUGGCCUUCAUGGUCAAGAAUCCUGGUCUCAUGCCAGGCGUGGACGCGCUCAAGAACGGCGAGAUCACAAAGCGGCGCAAGGGCAUCGAGGAAAUCGUUCUUGGCUGCUGGCGGUCGUGUAUAGAGGCCGGAAAGGGACUUGGGCCCGCACCGCGAUUCCCCCGCCACUCGAAAACCGAUGAUCCAACUACCAUGCCACAGUUUGAGGUCGAUGAGCCGACGAACAGGCCGUUCAUUGCAGAUGCAAUCAUUGCCAAUCCACCAAGUUUUGCGCAUAUCCACGUGGCGGAGAAGCUGGGUGUUCCACUGCAUCUCAUGUUCACCAUGCCAUGGUCGCCAACCCGUGCCUUUCCUCAGCCUCUUGCCAAUAUUCAAUCCUCGAACACUGACCCAGUCACCACAAAUUAUGUGUCAUACGCUCUAGUCGAGAUGAUGACCUGGCAAGGCUUGGGAGACGUGAUCAAUCGCUUCAGAACAAAGGUGCUCGACCUCGAGCCACUGUCCCUGCUAUGGGCGCCAGCUGUGUUGACUCGUCUGCGGAUCCCUUAUACGUACUGCUGGUCACCUGCUUUGAUUCCCAAGCCGGCAGAUUGGGGCAACCACAUCGAUAUCGCAGGCUUCUUCUUCCUCAACUUGGCGUCAUCGUUCACACCAGAUCCCGAACUAGACGCGUUCCUCAAGGCAGGGCCCCCACCCAUUUAUAUCGGGUUUGGGUCGAUUGUCGUGGACGACCCCAACGGACUCACUCGGAUGAUCUUUGAUGCUGUAGCAGAAACUGGUGUCCGCGCUCUUGUCUCUAAGGGAUGGGGUGGCCUGGGAGCCGAUUCGGUGGGUAUUCCCGAAGGUGUAUACAUGCUUGGGAACGUGCCACAUGAUUGGCUCUUCGAGCACGUCUCUGCCGUAUGCCACCACGGCGGCGCUGGAACUACAGCUGCUGGAAUCAACGCUGGCAAGCCAACUAUUGUAGUGCCGUUCUUUGGUGAUCAGCCCUUUUGGGGUGCCAUGGUCCACAGAGCUGGUGCCGGACCAGAGCCCAUCCCGUACAAGCAGCUGACGGCCUCGGCCUUGGCGGAAGCGAUCCGGGUGGCCAUAAAGCCGGAGACUCUGGAGCGGGCCCGAGAGCUUGGUGCGAAGAUUAGAGAAGAGAAGGGCGCAGAUGUUGGCGGCCAGUGCUUCCACAACCACCUCGACGUUGACAGCCUGCGAUGCUCGAUAGUGCCAAGCAGAGUCGCUGUCUGGAGAGUCCGCCGAUCGACCUGUCACCUCAGUGCCCUGGCUGCUACACAUCUCGUGAACUCGGGGUAUCUAACGUACUCGGAUCUCAAACUUUUCCGUGGAAAGGAGUACAGCACUGAGGACCAUCCCACAGACCCAAUCUCAGCCUGUUCGGCAGCCUUGUUGGGAGAUAUUGGUAGCAUCGGCAUGUCCAUUGCGGAUAUCCCUCGCGAUGUGUUCAAGGCCGCAAAGGCCGCAGGCAAGAAACAAUCAGACAAGGAUCAAACUACCGAUGAUGCUGCGACUACUACCUCGAACAACGCAAGCGCUACUUCUAUGGGCGGUGGUCCAUCUGAGGUCACGCUCAGCACAGCAUCCGAAGGUGCCGAGACGGCGAGCAAGACUUCAGUCGCUCCUGCCAGCACAAUCCAAUCGAGCGACCAAACACAGUCGACUUUGAGCCCGUCGAGCACACAGAUUGGUAGUGGGAGUGGCGCUGGUGGUUCUUCGUCUCGCUCAGCCGCCGCCGCUUCAUCUGUCACGAAGUCGGAAGGCCUGACCCCAGAGAGGCUGGAAAAGGCUUUCGACGCGGCAAAGGGCAUCAACAACAUUGUGGCCACAGGCAUGAAGAGUCCCAUGAACUUCUGCAUGGGCCUGGCGCGUGGGUUCAGAAACGCACCGAGACUAUACAAUGAUGAUACGAUCCGCCCGACCGAGAAGGUGACCUCGUUCAGCAGCGGUCUGAAGGUUGCUGGCAAGGAAUUUGGAUUUGGUCUUUUUGAUGGCAUCUCUGGCCUAGUGACACAACCGAUGCGAGGAGCUGCCAAGGAAGGCGGUGUUGGUGCGAUGAAGGGCAUUGGUAAAGGCAUUGGAGGAUUGGUGUUCAAGUCUGGCGCGGCCUUCUGGUCUAUCCCGGCUUACACCAUGGCCGGCGUGCAUGCCGAGAUCCGGGGACUCUUCGCCCAAAGCGCCCAAAACUACAUCACUGCGUCACGUAUCUGGCAAGGCAACGACGAGCUGCUUUGGUCGACUCCUGAAGAGCGUCAGGACAUUGAAAUCCGCUGGGGUGUGCAAAAGUCGCACUUGAAGAGCUUCUACGCACUGAAGCAAAAGGACAGGCUGAAGAGUAAGGGCAAGGGCAAAGAUACAAGCCCGGAUUCGUCUCGCCCAGUUUCACCCAGCUACACUGGUUCUCCACCGCCUGCAGGUUCUGCCUCUGCCUCAACGAGUUCCUUCUUCGACCAGAGGAGCGUGGCGCAGUCACAGCGAGAUCCUCGACAAAGUCCCUAUGGUCCCUACUCUUACGGCACGCUCCUCGCAGAUUCGAGCUCCACGUUCUCGAGAGACGAGGAUGACGUCUUUGAGCGAGCCAUCCUCGACUCUAUCCGGCAAACGUCCCGCGGCGACGCUGCCGAGGAUGCGCGUGUCGAGCAGGCUGUACGCUCUGGAGUUGCACUACUCAGACGGAGAUCGCAUGCCAUGGCAUCCACAAGCUCGCUGGUUUCGGCAGCUGCUUCCAUCAUCUCUUCAGAGCCUCGUGGAGACACUCGUGCUACGUCAGUGUCGCAGGGCCCUGUUGGUGCCAGCGCGCCGGCAGCGGAGCAGUCUACUGGCCAACCUCCGUCAAGAUCACUAGUUGACGACAAGAGAGCGCAUGCGAACGUAUUUGACGACCUUGCGAUUUCGGAUGAAGAAUAUCAGAAUCUGAUUGAGCAAGCGGUGCAGAUGAGCAUGAACGACGACGAAGACCAUGAAAGCUGGGGGAUUCGCAUGCACGACAACGAGGCAGAGGACGAGGAAGAUGAGGAGAAGAUGAGGGAGAUUCUCGAGAGGUCUCGGACAGAGCGCAGCCACUCCGACGAGCACGAUGAUGAAGACUACAAGAAGGCACUCGCUGAUUCCGAGGCGGCGCAUGCGGCGCAGCUUGAGGGCGUGGAUAGUGCCCAGGACGAGGAAGAGGCGCUUAGGAAAGCCAUCGAGGCAUCCCAGGCGGAGGAACAGCAGCCGCCGCAGGAAGACGAGGAAGAGCUUCGGCGGGCCCUCGAGGAGUCGCAGAAAAUCCACGAGCAGGAACUCGCGCAGAGCAAGAACAUGCAGUCUGACGAGGAGAAAGUGUUGGAGUAUGUCAAGCAGCAAAGUCUUGCAGAGGAGCAGGCGCGCAAGCAGAAAGGCAAGCAGGCAGGCGGGGAUGAGGCUGAUGAGGACGAUGACGAGCUCAAGCAGGCCAUUGAGAGGUCGAUGCAAGAGUGGCAGGAGCUACGCGGCGGUGGCGGCAGUGGGAGCGGCGGUGGCGCUGGGGCAUCGGGGUCUGGCUCGGGCCCGGGAUCAAAAGCGACUGAUGCCCAUGAGCUGCCAAGCUGA